CUGACACUCUUUCCUCCUCACUUAUACUUGGUAUACUAGUUGCUACCGCCAUUAUUAUUCUUUCUUCUCUUUAAUUAACCCCCACCUUCCUCGCCAGGAGUAAUUUCUGCCACUUCUCCUUUUUCGAUUUUGUUUGCCACCACAAAUUCCUCCAUUCUCAUCUUCAUCGACUAAUUUCAUGCUCAUCAUCAUAAUUUAUAUGCGUCUGAUUUCCCGACUGUUACUCUCAAUACAUAAUUAAUUACCCUACCAUGCACCUUACUAUAAACAAUGCAAUGCCCCCACGACCAUCACAUGUCUAAAAACUAGCUUCUCUCUUUUUUUUCUUGGUUGUGUUUAAGAAAGAACCCUCAGCUCAGUUGUUUAUUUGUUUCUGUCUCCGUGUGAUGUUUGGUUUGAGGAGUAGCUGCUGCCUUUAAUUCUAGUUCUCAGUGUUGUUUGUUUUAAGUUAUUGGUAAAAAAGAUCGAUGGAGUUGGGAGGUGGCGGCGGUGUCUCUAGCGGCAGUGGCGGCGCCAGUGCUGACCACCACCAUGAUUCUUCCGACCGUAACCGGGCGAACAAGAAGCGUUACCACCGUCACACUGCCCAGCAAAUCCAGAGGCUUGAAUCGAUUUUCAAAGAGUACCCACAUCCAGACGAGAAGAUAAGAUUACAGUUAAGCAGAGAGUUGGGUCUGGCUCCUCGUCAGAUCAAGUUUUGGUUCCAGAAUAGGAGGACCCAAAUGAAGGCACAACAUGAACGGGCGGAUAAUAGCACACUCCGGGCAUUAAACGACAAAAUCAGGUGCGAAAACAUUGCAAUCAGAGAGGCUCUCAAGAACGUCAUCUGCCCGUCGUGUGGCGGCCCGCCGGUCAGGGAAGACCCUUACUUCGACGAGCACAAAUUGAGGAUGGAAAAUUUGGCUUUAAAAGAAGAGCUUGAUAAGGUGUCUAGUAUAGCUGCAAAGUACAUAGGGAGGCCAAUAUCACAGCUCCCACCAGUUCAGCCUAUCCAUCUAUCCUCACUAGACUUGUCCAUGUCUACUUACGGUGGCCAUCAUGGAAUAAUGCACGGUGGCCCUUCCCUUGACUUAGACCUCUUGCCGGGCAGUAACCAUCCGCCGAUGGCUGUGGCGGGCAUCUCUGACAGUACGGCGGCUCCUCCCUUCCCUCCACUAAUGAGCCUGUCGGACAUGGACCGAUCCCUCAUGACCGAUGUCGCUGGGAAUGCGAUGGAUGAACUGAUUAGGCUGUCACAUGGCAACGAGCCUUUUUGGACCAAGUCAACGGAUGGCGGGAGAGAGAUUCUUGAUAUUGAGAACUAUGAAAGGGUUUUCCCGCGAGCGAGUAACCAUAUUCACUGCAUGAAGAACUCCAACAUCAGGAUCGAGGCUUCUCGUGAUUCGGGUGUUGUCAUUAUGAAUGCUCUUUCUUUGGUUGACAUGUUUAUGGAUGCGAAUAAAUGGGUGGAAUUAUUUCCCACCAUUGUCUCCAAGGCCGCAACACUUGAAGUAAUAUCAUCUUCUGGAGUAUUAGGCAGCAGAAGUGGAACAUUGCAAUUGAUGUACGGAGAAUUGCAGGUGCUGUCACCUUUGGUUCCUACACGACAACUUUAUUUCUUAAGGUUUUGCCAGCAAAUCGAGCAAGGGACAUGGGCAAUAGUUGAUGUUUCUUAUGAUAAUGGUAAUAUUCCUCAUCAAGAAACUUACCAUUCUUCUUCUUGCAAAGUACAUCGCCUCCCUUCUGGAUGCUUGAUUCAAGACUUGCCCAAUGGCUAUUCCAAUGUGACAUGGGUGGAACAUGUGGAGGUGGAAGACAAGGUUUUAGUUCAUAAACUGUAUAGAGAUGUUAUCCAAUGUGGAAUGGCUUUUGGUGCAGAAAGAUGGCUUGCUGUGCUUCAGAGAAUGUGUGAGAGAUUUGUUUGCCUAAUGGUCAGUGGCAAUUCCACCCGUGACCUUGGAGGAGUGAUCCCAUCAGCAGAAGGGAAGAGAAGUAUGAUGAAGCUAGCACAAAGAAUGGUGAGCAGCUUCUGUGCUAGUGUGAAUCCAUCCAACGGUCACCAUUGGACGACGCAGUCCGGGGCCAACGAGUUCGAGAUACACGCCACCCUGCAGAAGAGCACCGACCACGGCCAGCCAAAUGGCGUCGUCAUCAGUGCCGCCACCACCAUUUGGCUCCCAAUUCCUCCCCAAACUGUGUUCGAUUUCUUUAGGGAUGAGAGGACUCGACCCCAGUGGGAUGUUCUUUCCAACCAAAACCCUGUCCAAGAAGUGGCUCACAUUGCAAAUGGCUCACAUCCAGGGAACUCUAUAUCUGUUCUUAGGGCUUAUAACACAAGCCAGAACAAUAUGCUAAUAAUCCAAGAAAGCUGCAUAGACUCCUCCGGCUGCCUAGUGGUGUACAGCCCGGUCGACUUGCCGUCCAUCAACAUGGCGAUGAGCGGCGAGGACCCCACCUACAUACCCCUCCUCCCUUCCGGUUUUACUAUCGCACCCGACGGCAGGUCGGGCCGGGGAAAUAACAAUAACAGCAACACAAUAACUGAUCACCCCUUUCAGCAGGCAUCAUCAUCAUCAAGUACAAUCAACAAUCCGGGUAGUACCACUGCCACUGCAGGUGCAGGCGGGGAAGGCGGUGGGUCUCUUAUCACAGUUGUGUUUCAAAUAUUGGUUAGUAGUUUCCCGUCGGCUAAAAUGAGCCCCGAGUCCAUCGCCACCGUCAAUAGCCUCAUCGGAAACACUGUUCACCAAAUCAAAGCCGCCCUGAAUUGCUUUGGUAACCCCACCCCAGCUUAGCUUCCUGAAUUUCCUCAUGUUUAGACUGCCUAUUCCCUAACAACCAUAAAGUUUCUCCUUUUCUUUACAAACCCAUUCUUUUUUUUUUCUCUUUCAAGUUUCAAACCCUAAAUCCUAGGGAAAAUUUACUGUUGGAACGUCCUCCUUUUUUACUUUUACCCCAAAUAGUUGAAUGCUCUAACAUUAAGUCCUCAACUCCAUCUACUAUUCCAAGGGAUUGAUGACAGAAUGUUAGGGUGCAUAUAUACGCCUAGCUAAUUAUAUACGGAGUAGUUGUACGUGGAGCUAAGAAAGCCUAAGUUUCGACCCGAAUCCAAACCCGACCAUCUUCAAAAUUUAUUGAACCGGCCAGGGGACUGUAAGUGUGCAUGGAGCCUGCUGCUAGUGUCUUUAAAGACACAACAGUACAGUUUCUAGUAGCUAGCUACAACAAAUACAAUGGUACAGAAAGGAAGGCUGGCUACAUGGCUGUUGAAUUGAAUGAGGCAGAUCAGAUCAGAGAGAGUUAAAUUAGGGUUAGUUGGGAAGCUAUGAAUGCUGAUAUGGUCCAUGAAUGAAGAGCCAGACGCUGCUGCCUCUCGCAGUCAAUGCCAUUAUCGAUCCUCUCUUUCUAGCUAUAGCUCCUUUAUCAUUAUUACUCCGUAUUACUAUUGGGAAGAAUUAACUUUUUGUGGGAAUUUUUUAUUUUUUAUUUUUUGAGCCAUCGUUUUUAUCUUAAAAAGGGAGUCAAGAACGCACCAUAUAUACAUUUACUUCUUGCUGUGGUCCUCUAGCUAGCAUUCACUUCCUCCUGCCUUGAAUUUUGUUUCGGCAGAUCAGUAGUCACUGUCAUAGUUUAAGCAUACACAGCAAGGAUGAUAUUAUUGUAUGGUUCGGGUAUUGACUUCUCUUAAUGAAGUGAACUUUCAUCUUUUUACCACGGAGUAGUAUUUUUAUUACUAUGAUGAUAUAAUCAUGUACCAACACUUGAUAUGCACUAUUUUUAUUGUUAUUUUAGUAUUGUUU